AUGGAAGGAAUCCCUUUUUGUGGUCCCAUCAGCAGUGGACUUUUACAUGGGAAUAUGGUCCGUAUCCAUGGACAAGCUCUUCCCUAUGCACAUCGAUUUGCCAUCAACCUCCAGUGUGGCCCCAAUGUGAAUCCUCGAGAUGACUUGGCUCUACAUUUUGGCGUGGACUUUGAUCAGAAUUGCAUAAUACGCAACAGUCUCAUGAACCAGAUGUGGGGUCCUGAAGAGCGGCAUGGUGGUUUCCCUUUUGCCCAAAAUGCACCCUUUGAGGUCUUAAUUCUCUGUGAGGGAAGUCAGUAUAAGUUCUCUGUCCCCUCUGCAUUUGCCAUGAUUAGCAAAGCAGAAAAGCAGACCUUAGAGAAUGUAGGGGUGUUUUUGCCCUUCCCUGUCUUCUCACAUGGCCAGCCAGUGGCAGAUCCAGAGGUGGUGGCUGUGAAUGGGAGUCAUUUCACUGAAUUCCAGCACCGUAUACCUCCAGAAAGGGUGGGAUAUUUAUCAAUGGAUGGAGACAUGAGUGUAAGACUCAUACAAUAUGACAACAGUCAAGGAGCAUAUAGACCUGACAGACCCAGAUCAACUCCUCCACCCCUCAAUUAUUCUGGAAUGCCUCCUUCAGGCCCACUUCCAUAUCCUAGCUAUUCCCCUUAUCCAUCCUCAUCAGGACUGACACCUCCACAACCAGGAUACCCUAUGUCAUCUGGUUCUCAAGGAUAUCCAUCUCAAGGUCCUGGAUACCCUAUGUCAUCUGGUUCUCAGGGAUAUCCAUCUCAAGGUCCUGGUUACCCUACAACCUCAAGUUACUCACAUCAUCAGAGUAAAAGUGGACAAGGAGGAAUUCUGGGAAUGGCUGCUGCUGCUGUGGGUGGUGUUGUUGGCUCAGCUUUAGGCCGUAAAACAGGAAAGCACAUGGGGAUGAAUCCAAUGUAUCCUGCUGCUGGACUAGCUGGAGCUGCACUAAUGGGAUCUAAAGGAAAACACAUGGGGAUGAAUCCAAUGUAUCCAGCUGCAGGACUUGGUGCUGCUGGAUUGGCAGGAGCUGCACUAAUGGGUCCUAAAGGUCUGAAGAAGCAGAGAAAGGCUCAGAAGAAAGCCUUGAAGUAUGGCCUCCCUAUAGCUGCAGUUGGAGUUUAUGAAGCUCUGAAUCCAAAGAUGUCAGAUGAAGAAAGUGAAGGUGAGCUGCGCCUGCCCAAAGGACGUGUUGUGCAUUAUGGAUCUUUGGAAGAAGGAGAGCGAGUGCGGCUGGCUCAAGAGAAACUUGGUGAUGCAAGCACUGAGGAAGAGAGUGAGAGUGAGGAUGAGAGGCAGGGUGAUCAUAGAGAAGGAGAGAAAAUGAAAGAAGAGGAAUAUCCACUAGGGGAGGAUGCCCAUAAGCCCUCUAUCAAAAUGAGAAAGAAGGACACUUCAGGUCACAUUAACAUUUCUUCAGAGUACAUGGAGCUGGAAGGAGCUCUAGAGACAGAUGAGAGGAAAGCUGUUUUGGAGGAGUUUGAGAGGCGGAAGCGAGCUCGUCAGAUUCAAGUUUCAACAGAUGAUGAGCAGGUGAAGCUUCAGCUGCGUCACCUUGGCCAUCCCAUCUGCCUCUUUGGGGAAGGACCAGGUGAUAGGAGACAUCGACUGAGGGAUAUCCUCUCCAGACUUGGAGAGGAGGCAGCAAGGAUGCCAAAAUCAGAUGAUGCCAAGAGGAAACGGCAGGAAGAACCAGAGAUGACUUGGUAUCAUGAAGGACCCGAAAGCUUGCGAGCGGCUCGACUCUGGCUCGUUGAAUAUUCCCUGAAGAGAGCACAGGAGCGACUGGCAAGAGCAAGAGAAGAAAAGGCACAACCAGAGACAGUGAAGAAUUCCAGGCGACAAGAGAUUCAGAAAAAGGCAGAAUCGUUGUCCAUCUACGGUAGUCAGAUUGGAGAUUCCAGACCUGUUUCCUAUGUGGAGUUCUCACCAAAUGGAGAAAUUCUUGCAUCUGCUUCAUGGAGUGGGUUGUGCAAAUUAUGGUCAGUGCCAGAAUGUGAGUGCCUAAAGACAUUGAGGGGCCAUGAAUGCAAUGUGUGUGCCAUCACAUUUCAUCCACAGGCUACUCUCUCCCAAGAGGAGAAUGCCAUCAACCUAGCCUCAUGUGCAACAGAUGGGAGCAUAAAUCUUUGGAGCCUUGAAAGUGAUGAACCAAUAGCAGACAUGGAAGGGCAAGGAUGUCGUGUCUCAAGAGUGAAUUUCCACCCAUCAGGAAGAUUCCUGGCUUCAUGUGUGGAGGAUGGUUCAUGGAGACUCUGGGAUCUUGAAGCUCAGGUUGAAGUUCUUCACCAGGAAGGACAUUCCAAGGGUGUUCAUGAUAUUGCAUUCCAGUGUGAUGGUUCAGUUGCUGUCACUGGGUAUCAUAUUGCAACAGGAGGACAGGAUAAUGUAGCCAAGAUAUGGGAUCUGAGACAGUCCAAGUGUCUCUACACAAUCCCAGCUCAUGUGAACCUCAUCUCGGGGUUAAAGUUCCAUCCCAAGCAUGGCCAGUUGCUUGUCACGGCGUCUUAUGACAACACUGCAAAGGUGUGGAGUCACCCACAGUGGCAGCCCAUUAAGAAACUAUCAGGUCAUGACAACAAAGUGAUGGGAGUUGACAUCCAAAGAGAUGGUCCAUACAUCGUUACGUCCUCCUUUGAUCGCACCAUCAAACUAUGGGCCCCGGAAUCUUGAGUCCUGAUUAGCCUCGUUCGUGAAACACAAGAAAAAAGAAAGACAAUUCUGUGGAGCUGAGUAAACAUAGACGUGUAAAUGGGAUGAUUAUGAUGAAGGGUCAAAGACGUUCUUCGACGACCACGUUGUACCGAUGAGGCUUGCUGAGGACCUCCAUGAACCAGGGAUCAGUCCUCAGUGUCUUCACUCCGUCUGGGAGCCGAAACGUAAAUUUCUGCAAGUAUGUCACUAAGAAGAUGAAGAGCUCCAUGUUCGCCAAACUCUCUCCCAGACAUUGUCUCUUCCCUAUUUCCAAGAAAAUAAACGAAAAACGCGAAUCUGAUGAACUCCAUCUCUUCUCGAAUAAAUGAGGUUUUGUUUUUGA